ACAGAAAACUGGUAAGAAAUAUUGAGCUGAAAAGAAAAAAACAACAUACCCGAUUCCAACAACCUUGUUUACGAUGGCAGAACGUUUAUAUCAUAUUCAACGUCAUAUUUCCCCUAAUAAUUGUUCUAAUUUAUCAUCUAACAAAUCGCAAAAAGGACAGUAUAACUACACAUUGGAUUCUGGGAGUGCUCUUACCACAGAACAGAGAAAUUUCUAUGAAAAGAAUGGCUAUCUAGUUAUUCGCAAACUAGUACCUUUGGAGAAAAUCAAAAAAUUUACAAAUAGAUUUGAAGAAAUCAUUCAAGAUAAGGAAAUAAAAAUACCAGGAUUAAUGGUAAUGAGAGAUAUAGCUGUUGCAAAGAGAUUUGACAUACCUGCUCAUAAAGCAGUAAAUAAACUACAAGAUUUUCAAGAAGAUCCCACUCUAUUCGAAUAUUGUAGCUUACCAGAGAUUUUACAUUAUCUUCCUAGUUUUGUUGGAAAUAAUAUUAUGGCUAUGCAUACAAUGCUUAUUAAUAAACCACCAGAUCCUGGUACUGAUACAUCUCGCCAUCCAAUGCAUCAAGAUUUACAUUAUUUUCCAUUCAGACCAGCUAAUAAGAUCGUCUGUUCUUGGACGGCAAUGCAAACGGUUGAUCGAAAUAAUGGUUGCCUUGCUGUAAUUCCAGGUUCACAUACAACCGAAUUACUUAAGCAUACUUAUCCAAAUUGGAGGGCGGGCGUUAAUAAAAUGUAUCAUGGAGUAGAAGACUUUGAUCCUAAAAUGCCAAGAGAUUUUUUGGAGAUGGAAGCGGGGGAUACUGUUUUCUUUCAUCCACUUCUUGUUCACGGAUCGGGAGCGAAUAAAACGAAUGGUUUUAGAAAAGCAAUAUCCUGUCAUUACGCUUCAAGCAGUUGCGAAUACAUUGAAGUCGAUGGUACAUUACAGGAGAAUAUUGCAAAAGAAGUGCUGGAUUUAGCAGAAAAACGAAUUGGUGGGAAAUUAACUGGCAUAAAAUAUCACGAUAUCUGGAGAUACCGUUCAAGAUUGGUCAAAGGGGAACGUGAUAAUCUUUAA